AUGUCGAACUUCUUCCGCAGGGCCUCGGAUGUCUUUAAGCAUCACCCGCACAACGACUCAAUCGAUUCCGCCAAUUCGGGAAAGUCUCCUACUACACAAGAGACACCUGACCCAAAGCCUGUAUCAAGUAACUGCAGCUCUCAGAGCGAUCCAGUUACAGAUAAUGAUGCGCGGCGCAAAAGUCAACGGCAUUGGGGAUUUGGUAGCCAGAACGAUCCGGAAGUCCAGAAAAAGCGUCGAGUGAGUCAGGAUGAGAAGGAUCGACUCGAUUUCGCGGCAACAAGAAAAUAUUCAAGUGCCCGGCGAAGAAGUCAGGGGGCUGGUACUGGGUUUGAGGGUGGAUGGCAGUGA